GGGAGGAGGAGGAGGAAGAGGAGGAUGGAACACAAACAAACGAUUCUACUGGCGCCGGCACUCAGCAACAGCAGUUGCUGGCGAGCCGGCAAUUCUGAACCGAUUUGGACAGGGCCAGGAUUUGGGGAAUUGUUACGUGCAGCUUUGAUCUUGUUACUCAGCCUUGGUAUACUUUUUGCUAACCUACUCGUUAUUUGUGUCAUCAACAGCAGACGAUAUAGCAAAUAUAUUCAUGCACAGCCAAGAUAUUUGCUGACAAGUCUAGCGAGCAACGACCUCGCCAUUGGUCUUUUGGUGACACCUUUUGGCUUUUUACCUGCAGUUUACGGUUGUUGGCCUUACGGUGAAGUCGUCUGUCAAAUUCAGGCACUUCUUAGAGGAGCCCUGACCCAACAAAGUGCAGUCAUACUUGUGUGCAUGGCAAUCGACCGUUACGUAUGCAUGCUGCACCCUCAUCGUUAUCACAGGCAUUCUUCUAAAAAGUAUUACAUGCGGCAAGGUUGUGUGGCAGUGAUGUCUACCACAUGGAUAGCAAGUUUGGCGAUUUUUGGUGCUUUGGUUCUCCCAAGAGGUGGCUACUACUUCAACAGUUCCGGCCUUCUUGCCUGCGACCCUUUCUUCGCUAGAGCAUCCCUUAGAAUACUCGCAUGUUGCUGUUUCUACUUCCCGACGACAAUGGUGUUGAUGUAUUGUUACGGCUCGGCAUUUCAUGUUAAUAAACUACGUUUGAAGAGGGUGGUCUGUGUUAACACACCGGAAAUCGUUAGCGGUGGUCACAUAGAAAGGCUGGUCGCUCACGAAAGACGAUUGUCGACCUCAGCUUCCCGAACAAUGGCUGCUAUGAGCUUAGGAUUCAUUGUAAUGGUCACCCCAUGGACAAUUCAGGAAGUCGUUGCAGCUUGCACUGGAAGUAAACCUCCCCCGUUCCUUGACUUUCUUGCUACCUGGCUUGCUCUUUCCAAUAGUUUUUGGAAUCCCUUUCUUUACUGGUUGCUCAACAAUCAUUUUCGACGAAUAUCGAGGGAGUUACUUUACACUAAGUUGCUUUGCAGACCAAAGCCAUUAGGACCGAAACAACAUUGUUGUGCAACGAGUACAGGAGGCCUCGACGUUUGCAGUAUCAGUGGAGUAGAUUUGUCAGGAUUGGAACGUUGCUCAAUGGAUCGAUGUUCCAUGGCAAGAUGUUCAUCAUCAUCUUUAGCCAACAAUCCAUCGCCACUUCCAUGGGAAACCGGCCACAUGAUACGAGGGGAUAUUACGCCCACGUGAGGAAGGGAUGCCGCCACGCAAACGGACGAUCCGGGAUCACCGGACCACAUCAGUUAGUAUCGCGUGGCGGCAGAAUCAAAUCUGCUGAUUAAAAAACAAGAACGACGACGAAGAGUGUUCAACGACUACGAUGUCGAAUUUUCUUCGUUAUGGUCAACGAAUUAUCUUGUCCCAUCAUUAAGGGGAAGUUACCUUCUUCAUCGUGAUAGGUCUUCAUCUUCCUCUUAUCACGAAAACAAUGGGACAAUUGAAUGCUCGAAGACUCGCCAACGUUCGCAACGAGACAGACACGUCAAAUACGCGAGCUUUAUCAGCUUACCCGAUCUUGUACCAGACAAAUCUGAUAAAUCAUGAAAAAUAGAAUAUUAAAAUUGUUUUCAAGAUCCUAUAGAAUUAAGAGAUCAUAUUUUGUUGUUCCUUCAUUAUUUUUUUUUUUUUCAAAAGAAGAUAAUUGUAAGACGUGUUUGGAAAAAAUUGAAAAAAAAAAGAAGAAAGAAACUUAAUAUUUUCUUUACUUUAAUUGAUUAUUUUUUUUCUUUUUUGAAAGGAAAUCUAAGGUGUACUUGAAAAAUAAAGAAAAACAACAAAAAAAUUAACAAUUUUAAAAAACGCUUUCAUUUUAUAUUUUUCUUUUUUCAAAAACGAAUGUAAGAAGAAAAAGAGAGCCAAUACUUUUGUGAUCAUCGACAUUAAAAAAGAGAGUUAAUAUUUACUUAUUUAAUUAUAUUUAAGAAUAAAAAACACACACGUAAGAGAAAUAAUUCGAUAAAACAAUUCGAUAGAAGUUCUAAUUUCUAUUUUCCAAAAAUUGUUAAAGUUAUAAUUAUAUCAUUUUUAAUAAGUAAACAUGUAGGACAAAAUUUAUCGAAUGUUUUCAUUGUAUAGAAGUACACCUUAUGGUUUUUUUCCUUUUACAAUAUAGAAAAAUGUGAAAGUAAAUUUUGUUUUUUGGAUAAAUUUUUGAGAGUCUUUCUUCUUUUUAUUUGUACUUUUAGGACGAAGCACGAGGAGAACAAAAUUAAAAAGUACUUUUCGUUCUUUUCUAUUUCGUUUAUACGCGGGUGUUUUUAGAAUAACAUUGUGAGCCCGAAAAAGGGACUUUAGAAAAUCUUUUAUUGUUUUUCACUUCAGUGAACAAAUAGGUAAGUUUCAUAGGACGGAACAAUUUAAUGAACAUUUUUAUUACCUUUUUUUUCAUUAUUGUAAAAUAUGAUAACGUAGAACAACACGUGUUGGAAACAUUGUAAUAAUAUUUAUUUGUUUUUUUACGAAGGAAGAAAACGAGAGUCGAAAAAGAUUGUAACAUAAAUUUAAGAUUUAAUUUUUAAUCAGAUUUGUGUGAUAGAAAAUUAAUUUAAUUAAUUAUUUGUACUUGAAGAAGAAAAGAAAGCAGAACAAGAUCGGGUCCGCGGUGCCUGAACAAAAAACGGAGAGACCGAAAGAAACUGUCGAAUAAAAGUCUCUGUUUCUCUCUUUACUAAUAAUAUGAAUUUAUCGUGAAAGGAAAUAUAAAACGCACAAUGUACAUUUCUUGAAGGAUGUAAUAUUAACGCAAUGGGGAGAACAAUGUCGUAAUUAGUAAUUCGUAAUUCAUAACUUUAUGCAAUCUUGUCGUAAGCGAUACUUCGAGUACCAUUUAAAAAAGCAGUCUUCAAGUUACUACUCAAUGUAAAUCGUUUGUGAAAAUCAUUUUUUAGGAAAUAAUAAAGAAUCCUAUGGAAAUAUUUAAUU